AUGAAAUAUUACCGUGAAAAACAAUCUGGAAGCUGCUCCAGCAGUAUAAAAGGCGACUCCGGGCGAGUUACUUCACUGACCACAAGAAAGUAUAGAAGUGUGACAGAAAACGAACAACUGGUUACACAAAGGUAAGACUCGACAGAAUAAGAAACCGUUUCAACACCGAUUACAUACAGAUGUUCAAGGGUCCGGUACUUGUUGCUGCAAAAAUCACCAUUCUCGUGAUACGAUGUAUUUGCGGGGAUGUGACUUUUGGAGAGAAACAUCUCCAAUUAGGAAGUUUACCAAAAGAUCUCUCGAUUGAUACCGACCAAUUAUCGCCAGUAACAACUGAAGCUGGCGCCACAGUCCAUGGGAAGAUUCCUGAAGGAUAUUACUUAACAAGCAUGGGGCGCACGGGACAUUCGGCAUAUGGUGACAUUAUUGAGGACAAAACAUCGUCCCAACUAGCCAGGACGCGACUACACCAUCAAUAUCCCAACAGGGCCUACACUAACACUGGCGAAACAGAUUUAGAGUCAGACUCUCAGGUAGACUUUGAUCCAGAUUAUGUUGCCGAUAUUUCCAAAUAUCUUACGAAUGAAAUAUUGCAGAUCGUCACCAAUGGGAAUAAAUUUAGCUCGACAAUGAUAGCAAAAAUACUGGAAACCUUGAUGUUGGAGAAUCAGCCCAAUGGAAAAUCAGAAUUGUCGAAAACAUUAAACAUGCCCGAAAACACAUCAGCUACUAUCAGUAAUGGCAGUACUGUGACGUCAAAUUCUGUUUCUGGCCCCUUCUUCAGGCCAGUCAAGACGAUGGCUGAUGUCAUGGCUCUGGGGAAACCUAAGGCUUCCACGGUAGUUCACGAGCAGAAGAAAGCCUUCUUUUGUCCACUGAUGUAUCGCACGGCCUUCUCCGUCAGCAGGUGUUGGAUGUUCUCAAAGCUCAUCAAAACGAGACAAGUACGCAUGCGCCAACACGCUAUAGCUAGAGCAAAGGCUGCGAGGAAAAAACUUGCCCGUGCAGCACGGAAAUAUUAACUUGAGCAAAGAACAUAUCAGACAUGUAAUUCCCUCCUUAGCAUAUAUCCGUAAAGAUAAUAUAUAGAACAAGAGACCCAUGGGGCCUGUAUCGUUCACCUGGUUAAAUUUGACCAAACGUCAAAAUAAUGUUCAUGUUCAAUUUGUUAAUAUGUAGCUUAAUCUGUCAAUCUCGAACAAUGCUAUAUAUGGUUAUAGUGUAGGAUCCCAACUGCUUUAAAGAAAUAAUGAAAUCCAGACUCUCUAAGGGUGUGAAAAGA